AUGGCGGCGCGGCCGGGGCCGGUGCUCCUGGUGCUGCUACUGCUGGCGGCGGCGGCGGCGCGGCCGGAGGACCCGAGGCAGGAGGCGGCGGUGCGCGCGCUCGCUCGGCGGCUGCUGGGCCCGCGCGCCGCCGCCGUGUCGCUGUCGGUGGAGGCGGCGCUGGCGGCGGGCGGCCCAGACACAUACCGGCUGCGCUCGCCGCCCGACUUCGCCGUGGCCGUGGCCGUGACAGGCUCCAGCGGCGUGGCGGCGGCCGCCGGCCUCUACCGGUACCUGCGCGACUUCUGCGGGUGCCAUCUCUCGUGGUCCGGGGCGCAGCUCCGCCUGCCUGAUCCGCUGCCGCGGCUGCCGACCGAGAUCCGCGCCUCCGCUCCCGGCAGGUUCCGCUACUACCAGAACGCCUGCACCCAGAGCUACUCCUUCGCCUGGUGGGACUGGGAGCGCUGGGAACGCGAGAUCGACUGGAUGGCACUGAGUGGGAUCAACCUGGCACCGGCCUUCGUGGGGCAGGAGACCACCUGGCAGCGGGUUUACCGCACCUUGGGGCUGAACCAGUCCGAGAUUGAUGCCUACUUCACGGGCCCAGCCUUCCUGGCCUGGAACCGCAUGGGCAACCUGCGAGGCUGGGCAGGGCCUCUGCCGCCAUCCUGGCACCUCAAACAAUUCUACCUGCAGUACCGUAUCGUGGAGAGGAUGCGCUCGCUCGGGAUGGUCACAGUGCUGCCAGCGUUCGCAGGCCAUGUACCCCAGGGCGUUCUCCGAGUCUUCCCACAUGUCAAUGCCACUCGCCUUGGGGGCUGGAGCCACUUCGACUGUACCUACUCUUGUACCUACCUGCUGGACCCUGAGGACCCCAUGUUCCAGGUGAUUGGGACCCUGUUCCUGAAGGAGCUGAUCAAGGAGUUCGGCACAGACCACAUCUACAGUGCCGACACCUUCAAUGAGAUGACUCCACUCUCCUCAGAUCCUGCCUACCUCGCCAGGGUCAGCAGUGCUGUCUUCAAGUCAAUGACAGGAGCUGACCCUGAGGCAGUGUGGCUGAUGCAGGGGUGGCUCUUCCAGCACCAGCCUGACUUCUGGCAGCCGGCACAGGUGCAAGCCCUGCUGCACGCCGUGCCCCUGGGCAGGAUGAUCAUCCUGGACCUCUUUGCUGAGUCCAAGCCUGUCUACCUGUGGACAGAAUCCUUCUAUGGGCAGCCUUUCAUCUGGUGCAUGCUGCACAACUUUGGGGGCAACCACGGCCUCUUCGGCACCGUGGAGGCCAUCAACCGGGGCCCUUUUGCAGCCAGGAGCUUCCCCAACUCCACCAUGGUGGGCACCGGGGUGGUGCCCGAGGGCAUCGAGCAGAAUGACAUGGUGUAUGAGCUGAUGAAUGAGCUGGGCUGGCGCCAGGAGCCCCUCGACCUGCCCAGCUGGGUCACUCGCUAUGCUGAGCGCCGCUACGGAGCCCCAAAUGCUGCUGCAGCAGCGGCCUGGCGGCUGCUGCUCCGCAGCGUUUACAACUGCAGCGGAGUCUGCGUCAACCACAACCGCAGCCCCCUGGUGCGCCGCCCCUCCCUGCACAUGGACACCGAGCUCUGGUACAAUGCCAGCGACGUCUAUGAGGCCUGGCGCCUGCUGCUGAGCGCCAGCGCCCAGCUGGGCUCCAGCCCUACCUUCCUCUACGACCUGGUGGACGUCACACGGCAGGCGGCUCAGCAGCUGGUGAGUGACCACUACCAGGGCAUCCGCAGCGCCUUCCAGAGCCGGGCACUGCCUGACCUGCUGACGGUCGGUGGGCUGCUGGUCUACGACCUGCUGCCGGAGCUGGACAGCCUCCUCUCUAGCCACAGCCUCUUCCUGCUGGGCCGCUGGCUGGAGAGCGCCCGCACCAUGGCCACCAGCAACUGGGAGGCUGAGCAGUAUGAGCUGAAUGCCCGGAACCAAGUGACGCUCUGGGGGCCCAGCGGGAACAUCCUGGACUAUGCCAACAAGCAGCUGGGGGGGCUGGUGCUGGACUACUAUGCCGUGCGCUGGAGCCUCUUCGUCUCUGUCCUGGUUGAGAGCCUCAAUUCAGGCAUCCCCUUCCACCAGGACCAGUUCAACCAGGCUGUUUUCCAGGUAGAGAGAGGCUUUGUCUAUAACAGGAAGCGCUACCCAGCCAUGCCAGCUGGGGACACGCUGGAGAUCUCCAGGAGGCUGUUCCUCAAGUACUACCCCAGGGCCCUGCUGCACAGCCAGGCUGUGCCCGUAUGACUUUAAGCUAUGCCUCCAGAGCCUCUCCCAGGAGGGGGGGCAGAGACCCCACGUCCUCUCAUGUCUAGGACUCCACAGCUUCUGGCCUGAUGGCUGCAUCCUGGCCAUGCUGGAACGAAGGCACAGACCCUGUUAGCCCCCAGCCUGGCUGGGGGGGUCUGUGAUGGCAGAGAGGCAGCCAAGGAGGAGCUGCCCCUGCCCCAGGGAAAGUGGGGAACUGGCCUAACCUCUGUGUGGUCCUGCAUCUCCCUGUGCCAGGUGCUCCCAGCUCCAUGGACCUCAGUGCCUGCAUGAACCUGGCCACAAUUUGUGCCUUUUGCAUCAAAGGAGACUCUGCACAGUUUUCCAUGGUGGUGCUGGGGCCGUGCUCCCUUGAAUGGGGUUUUCGAGCCACGAUGCUGCCAGACUGCAGAACAAUUAAAGGCCUGGCCCCAGAGUGCUCUCUUCUCCCACCUGUGUC